AUGGAUUGGACGCAUGCUUAUGCGGGACAAUUAGUAUUAAAACCAGAAAUAUGCGAUAUCACAGCUGACCAAAGCAAUAGUUCUAUGUCCCUUGGGCCUGAAAAUGAACAAAAAGUAAAGCUUUCUAAAAAGGAGCUAGAUCGGCUGACCGGAUUGACUGAAGAAGAAGUGAAAGACAAGCAGUUGCCAGAUUAUCUCAAGGAUGGCCUCGAUAUGGUUAUUGUAAGGACCUGCCUUUAUCAAUCCGAACUAGUUCCAUUGGAAGUAACAUGUUAUGAUGAUUCGAAAAUGGUUGAUUAUGGAAUCGGGUUUACUAAUGUGUGCACUCGCCCGACUAAAGGAGCAGCAGAUCUUACUCGUAAAGAGAUGAAGGCUGGUGCUGCAAUAAUGCUUGAAAAAAUGAGGCGCUAUAAGCCUAGAAUUGCAGUUUUUAAUGGAAAAGGUAUUAUUUAA